AUGGCGGGGACCAUUUAUAGACAGAAAUAUUACCCGAAUCCUGAUGAAAAUUUUGUGAUGCGCGGUAGUGCACCGUACUCUUACGGAAACCUGCCAGAGUACUUGUCCAGCUCAGAGUUGAUAAACAUGUCAACAAAUUUGACGCAGAAAAAGUACAACCCUAACACAUAUGGGGAAGAUUCAAAUUUGAAUGGAUCUCUGCGUCUAAUCUCCCAUCGUUUGAAUCGUAUACGAGAAGAUUUAAGAAAAUCUCUUUUGGAUAAUGAGAACCAGAAACUAGCUCACACCUACACCCAGGCUGACCGCAGUGAAAGACUAAGAGAAAUCCUUAACAAGUAUCCAUCUUCAGUUGAUUAUUUGUCAAAUGCAGAAUGGUAUCUUAAACCCAUCCAUUUAACAUCAUCUGUGUAUAUUCCUAUGACAACUGAUGACAUGUUAGCAACUCGCUACUUUCCUGUGACUCUGGGAGAAGCAAAAAUGCUGGAAAUGGUAAGUGAGGUUAAGCCUGGAAGAGAAAGAUCCAGAUCCAGAUCCAGAACAACAGGUAUUAGACAAAGAUCAUUAAGCUCAACAUCUUCAAGAGAGAACUCAGGAGAUCAUUUGAAAAGGUUACAUAACGCCUACUACUUAACGGACAUUGCACCGCAUAUAA